GUGGGAGCCCAGCGCCCUUAACCACACGCAGUUUCAUCUCCAGACUCUCCAGCAGCUCAAUGGCCUGCCCAAAGAAGAAACUGCAGGGUCUUGUUGCUGCAACCAUCACGCCAAUGACUGAGAAUGGAGAAAUCAACUUUUCCGUCAUUGGUCAGUAUGUGGAUUAUCUUGUGAAAGAACAGGGAGUGAAGAGCGUUUUCGUGAAUGGCACAACGGGAGAAGGCCUGUCGCUGAGCAUCUCCGAGCGUCGCCAGGUUGCUGAGGAGUGGGUGACCAGAGGGAGGAACAAGUUGGAUCACGUGGUGAUUCACGUUGGAGCACUGAGUUUGAAGGAGUCACAAGAGCUGGCCCGCCAUGCCGCUGAAAUAGGAGCUGAUGGCAUUGCUGCCAUUGCACCUUUCUUUCUCAAGCCGUGGAACAAAGAUGUCCUGAUUAAUUUCCUAAAGGAGGUAGCUGCUGCUGCCCCUGCAUUGCCAUUUUAUUACUAUCAUAUUCCAGCCUUGACAGGGGUAAAGAUUCGUGCUGAGGAGUUGUUGGAUGGGAUUCAGGAUAAGAUCCCCACCUUCCGAGGGCUGAAAUUCAGUGACCAAGAUCUCUUAGACUUCGGACAGUGUGUCGAUCAGAAUCGCCAACAACAGUUUGCUUUCCUUUUUGGAGUGGAUGAGCAACUGUUGAGUGCUCUAGUGAUGGGAGCAACGGGAGCAGUGGGCAGUACUUGCUGUUGUCUUGCCAGUACCUACAACUACCUGGGAAAAAAGACAAACCAGAUGUUGGAGGCUUUUGAACAAAAGGACUUCUCUUCAGCCCUGAACUACCAGUUUUGUAUCCAGAGAUUCAUCAACUUUGUGGUCAAACUAGGUUUUGGAGUAUCACAGACCAAAGCCAUCAUGACUCUGGUGUCUGGGAUUCCAAUGGGACCACCGCGUCUUCCACUGCAGAAAGCCUCCAAGGAGUUUACCGAUAGUGCUGAAGCUAAACUGAAGAGCCUGGAUUUCCUCUCCCUCACUGGCUUCAAGGAUAGAAACAUGGAAGCCUGUAGCUAGUGCCUCUCUAUCAAAUCAGAAUGUGUACUCUGAGACAGAGAACCUCCGUUAAUAGUACAUACUUUUCUCAGGGAUUUUUAGGAGAACUUGAACUAAACUCUUCUAGCAAAUGAAAUCUCACAUCAAUCAAGAAGUAUUUAAGUAUCUACUCUGAGGCUAAAGAAGUUUUAUUUUGUGAGGGGGCAAAAACUCUAGGAGUCAUGAGCCCUAAGGAUUUGAUUCACAAAAUGCUUGAAGAGCCAUUUCUGUUUAUAUGGAUGAAAUGGAAUCAAGAAAAUUAUAACUGAUUUUUUCCAUCUGUGCUUGGGAGCUGCCAUUAUCUUGGUUUCUGGCUCUUAAUCCUAUUAUAAAGUUUUCUAAUUUUAAACUAC